AUGCUAACAUUAGCUAAGGAUAAUCCGCUGAUAGCAGGAUUCGCGAAACUGAGGAAUGAUCUGGCAAGUGUGGACGAUUUCGAGCAGAUGGACUCGCUGGCGUUGAUGAGCCCGUUUUUGGACGUGGUUAGCUCGCAGUCGACUACGGGAGUUAUUACGUCCCUGGGAUUGGCUUCGAUUGCUAAGUUUUUUGCAUUUGGAAUUAUCAGUAGAGAAAGUGUGAAUAUUCAGGCCGGGUUGACACAGCUGGCAGUGGCUAUUACCCACUGUAGGUUUGAAGCGACAGAUCAGGCAGAGGAUGACGGUGUUUUGUUACGGAUUUUAUCGUUAAUGGAAGAGAUUGUCUGUGGAGAGUGUGGAGAUCUGCUCACUGAUGACAGUCUUUGUGAGAUUGUAGAGACUUGUUUGAGCAUGGCUUGUCAGAUGCGACGAGGCGAUAUUCUUCGUAGAGCAGCCGAGAUGACUAUGAUCCGGCUGUCGCAAGCUGUUUUCGCAAGAUUACAUGAUAUUGAACCCGAUGAAGAGCAUGAUCCGCCUGUAGAGGAUCUGAAUAAUGACCUUGUUAAAAUGACACAAGCUGAAAACAACCCGGGUUAUGAGGAGAUUGGUUCUCAGAUUCUGGUUAGUGGGGUUGGUGUUGAUAGAAGACACAGUGAGGUAGUAGCUCCAGAUGCUGGUAUAGUUGCUGUUAGUGUUACAGAGAAUGGUUCGGCUGUAACUUCUGAUAAUAAUACGACGGAUGCUGCGACGGAAACACCACCUGCUGUUGCAGCAGCUGUUGCUGCUGCCACUGCUUCUUUAGAGCCAGUUGUAGAGGAAAAGACUCCAGUUGAUACAGAAGAUACCAGUGUGAAUGCUGUAGAUUCGUCUGAAAGCACUAGUCCAGGUACUCCUUAUGGUAUUUUUUCGAUAAGAGAGGUUUUCCGGGUUCUCGUUUCCAUCUUGGAUCCUUCGAAUUUCCACCAGUAUACAGACAGUACACGGAUCAUGUCACUUCGACUGUUGAAUGUGGCGUUUGAAAUCGCAGGAUCUGAAAUUCCAAAACACCCUUCUCUUCUUAAUCUUACCACGACAACACUGGCUAAACAUCUCUUUCAGCUGGUGCGAUACGAUAAUCCUAUACUGUUGCAAUCGACAUUGCGUAUGGUGCUAACUCUGUUGCACACUACAGGUGAACAUUUAAAACUGCAGCAAGAAUUUCUGCUUUCAUACCUUCUUAAUUCCCUUAGUCCAUUAACAGAUAUUCCACGCGAGGUCGGUGUCGAUAGUAUAUUCUACGACUCGGUGCCCAAUCGCCCAAAACUGGUCAAAGUACCACAACAAUCGGUCCCUACGUCCAAAGCCAAUACACCAGUGGGUGAUAUUUCCACCAAUGGAAAUGGCCGUGGAACGCCAAUUGGAGGUGGUCACCAUGCAAUGCUCAACAUGAAAACACCGGAAAUUAGAGAAAUCAUGAUUGAAGCAUUAACAAACAUGACCCGUUCAGACUCGUUCUUCACCGACUUGUUUGUUAAUUACGACUGUGCUGUGGAUAGAACCGAUCUUUGUGAAGAUCUGAUUGGAUUUCUAUGUCGUAACGCUUACCCCGACUCAGCCACCUGGUCUACCGCGUCAGUUCCUCCACUUUGUUUGGAGGCAGUUCUAGCACUUGUUUCGUCAAUCAACUCGAGAAUAUCCAGACACCGGAAACAACUGGCAACAUCCGAAUCCGUGGAUCAGGUCAUGGCUACUAGAGCCCGUAAGAAGGUUGUAAUCGCUGCUACUGAUACAUUCAACGCCAAUGCUAAGAACGGUAUUAAGCAAUUUAUCGAGCAGAAACUGAUACCAGACGACAGCCCUCGGUCAAUUGCCCUGUUCCUGAAAGAAUCGGGCAGAUUGAGUAAAUCGACUCUCGGCGAAUACCUGGCCAAGCCAGCUAAUAAAAAGGUUAUGGAAGCAUUUAUCGAAGACUUUGAUUUCUCGGAAACCAGAAUCGACGAGGCUUUGCGAGAGUUUCUGUCGUGUUUCAGACUACCCGGAGAAUCCCAGCAGAUCGAGGUCAUUUUCGAAAAGUUUGCUGCCCAAUAUUGCAGUGGAAAGGGAAAUACUGAAGAGGUUGCCAACGAGGACUCUGCAUUUAUUUUGAGUUACGCUAUUAUCAUGCUCAACACGGACUCUCAUAGUCCUCAGAUUAAAGAACACAUGACUCUGGACCAGUUCAAGCGCAAUCUUCGAGGCGCCAACGAUGGAAAGGACUUUUCUCCCCAGUUUUUGGAGGAUAUUUACAACACAAUCAAAGCACGAGAGAUUAUCAUGCCCGAUGAGCACGACAAUGAUGAGACUUUCGAUUACGCGUGGCGUAAUCUUCUACUCAAAACAUCUCAAGCCGGGAAACUGCUGACAAAUAGCGAUAUAGUCUAUGACAGGUACAUGUUCGAAGUGAGCUGGAAGCCCAUUGUGACCACUCUGUCGUUCAUCUUCGCCACUGCCACUGACGACACUGUAUUCUCUCGUGUCAUCACAGGAUUCAACCAAAUCGCACAAAUUGCUACUCAUUACCAACUUGUCGACGUCAUUGACCAUAUCAUUGCCUGUCUGUCGCGAAUCUCGACACUGUCAGUCGGCGACCUGUCAGCACCUACCAACAAAAACGAAAUAGUCAUUGAAGACGAAAAAGAGGACCGGAUCAUCGUGUCUGAACUGUCGGUGCCAUUUGGCAUGGACUUCAAGUGCCAGAUGGCGUCUGUCACGCUGUUCAAGAUUGUCAAGUCGUGCACCGGGUCCAUCCGCAACGGCUGGCAAGAUCUCGUGCCAGCAUUCACUAACCUAUAUCUCUACGACAUGAUCGAGCCAGUUAUCGUCACCGACCUCACUUCCACGUACGGCCUCUCGACGUUAGCCCGGGUUGAGCCCCGCUACUCAUUCAAACGAGGCAAAGCCGGCCGCGACGUCGGUCUCCUCUCAACCCUCUCCUCAUACCUCACGGGAUACAGCGACUCGCCGCCCGAGCCCUCGGACGAAGAAGUCGAUGCCACGCUCUGUGCCAUUGACUGCAUCAACUCGUGCGGUGUCAACGACAUUCUCACCAAACUGAGGUAA